CUUGGAAGUGGCGGUUGUUUCAACAUGGCGAUUGCCGCAGAGGAACGAAACAAAUCUGGGAUUUUCUGGAUGAAUGACACUCAUUUCAGGCAUAUUUGUUCAAGAGAGUAGAUUGUUGGCGUCCUUAACGUUCACAGCAUCAGACGACGAUCAACCAAUGGUAUUCGUCCCAGGAGUGAGCAGGAAACUUGGCCUAAGUCGAGGACCAGGGGUUACUGGAGAGGGGAAGGGCAGAGUACAGACAGUCCAUAAGAAAGUAAACCCGAGGGGGCCAAGCCAGCAAUCGUCCCGCUCUGUCCCGUCUUCUGAGGGGAAGUCCUCAACAAGGACGACCCCCUCUACCAGACCUGCUCUAGCUGAAGCCAGGUCUUCAGCUCCAACCCACAAACCCUCUGAGAAUCCAUCUAGCUCACUAGAAGCGGGCCAUGCUAACACCAAGCCCUCACUGAAGGACCUCUGCCCAGAAGACAAGCGGCGCAUUGCCAACCUCAUCCAGGAGCUGGCCAGAGUGAGUGAGGAGAAGGAGGAGUCAGUCCAGAAGUUGAGAGAUGAACAGGAGACGUUUGAGAGGAAAAUCCUGGAACUGGAGCAGCAGAACCAGUUCAUCGUGCAGGAAAGAGAAAGCCUGAAGCAGCAGUACAGGGAGUGUCAGGAGCUGCUGUCUCUCUACCAGCAGUACCUCUCACAGCAGCAGGACAAGCUCAACCAGUCCAUCGCCGAGCUCAACCAGGCUCGCUCCCACACCAAGGCCUCCAGAAGUGAAAGGUCAAGCCAUCGGUCUCGCUCCGUGAAGCCCGGGAUGCAGGACGGCUCCUAUCUGGACCUCCCGUCCCCCCGGGAAACGCCCUGUCACAGCGCCACCGCUCCCGUGGCCCGCGCCCGUUCCCUAUUGGCCAAUCACGGCCGAGCCCCUGCCACACCAACUCCCGCCCCCUCUCUCCUCCACUAACUCUUCCUCCGUGAGCGACUCCAAGACCAGGUCGGCCGUUCGGCCCAGGAGAGACCACUGCGCCUGCCCCCACCCCCACCCCCAGGGGCGCGAGAGCGGGGCAGAGGAAGGGGAGCGGCGGGGAGGGCAGGUGGCAGCAGCAGCAUCAGCAGCGCCCCCUCCUGGCUGGGAGGACUGGGAGGAGCGUCGGCGGCGCCUGGUGGAACAGAAGAGACAGCUGGAGCAGGAGAGGGAGCGGCUGCAGCAGAGACUGGCCCUGCAGGAGGAGCGGCUGAGCCAGCAAAUCCAGGAGACACGCCUGCUGAGUGACGGGUACACACACACACACACACACACACACACACACGAAUCGUAUACUGGCAGGUCUGUUAGUAAUGCCAGCUGAAUGACAGAUGAUGUAGCCCACUCU